CCUCACCAAAAAAAAACUUUUUGACAUGUUUAGGAACGUAUGAAGUUCUUAAAAAAGAUGCUGAAGCAAAAACAAUUGUUGAUGCAACGUUGAAUUUAGCAACAAAUGGAGGAUUUUUACCAUCACGAGUAGAGUUAUAUAAAGCUUUACAUAUAUAUGGUGUUUCAGACGGAAGAUGUAGAAAUAUAUCACCAUUGAUCUGUAAAUAUGUUCAUGUUGGCAGAAACGCAGCAGCAACCACGGUAUCAGCAGCAAAUCAACAUUCAAGCGAUGAUUCAGAUACAGAUAAGUAAGUCGCUUUAGAAUUCCGUGAUGACUUGCCAACUUUAGAAGUUGACGGACACGUCGACUUAUUCUUUUCUUUUCCGAAAAAAGAAGUGAUAGCUGUUUUUGAGAACAAUCUCAUGGGAUAGGUCGACUUGCCCUCUACCAUAUU